AUGGAUGGCGUUGGAGGACUCGAGGGUUGGAGGUGGAUCUUUCUGCUUGAAGGUCUUGCCACGGUUGCCAUCGGCGCUGCCUGCUUCUUCCUGCUUGUUGACACCCCGGGGCUUUCGAAGCGGUGGCUCGAGCCCGAAGAGAUCCGAUACCUGGAGCUGUCGAUUUUUAUCAAGCAGGGAGGCGGAUCACGCGAGGAGAGUGGCGCCGGCGGCCGCGUCAACUGGAGAGAUGUCAAAAUGAACCUCACCAACUGGAGGAUCUACGUGCAGGCCUACUUCCUGCUGUGCCAGUCAGCUCUGUCCUAUGGCAUCAAGUUCACGCUUCCAACCAUCACCAAGGCCAUGGGAUUUGCCAAUACUGAAGCCCAGCUCCUCUCGGCACCCCCUUACCCCCUCGGGAUCGUCGCAAUUGGAUAUUCCAUCAUUCUAUCGCUGAACGGGGAACUCGAGGCCAAGAAGGGAGUGGCUUAUUUCUCGGUUGUCCUCGCUGUCGUCGGCAUCUACCCAAUCCAGGCGGCCGCCGCUUCAUGGAACGCCAACAACAUCGCUCCCGCCUCGCGAAGAGCCAUUGGAAUCGCACUUAUGAACUGUGUCGGCAACAUUGGUGGCAUUGUGGGCAGUUUUAUGUAUCUGGAAAGCGAGAAGCCCAAAUACCACACUGGGUUCGGUCUCAGCUUGGCUUUUGGUGGAAGUGGGCUGAUUGUUGCCCUCUUACUUGAGUGGAGCUAUAAGGCGGCAAACGCUCGUAAGGCCAGGAUCGCUGACGAGGCGAAGGCCAAGUAUACUGAGGAGGAGUUGUUCAAUAUGGGAGACAGGUCCCCCUUGUUCAAGUAUGUGCUUUAA